GGAAUUUUUUUCUCAGUACACGUGUGCUAAUAAAAUGACAAAAUUCCUUCAGCUUAACCCCCACUAUCAAUAAUUGGGCUGUCGUCAACACCAGCAAAACAAACAACAACAAGCAUGCAGAGCACAUGGAACCCAUGUUUACUGUAACAAUGGCGGACCCGCUAAGUUUAUUACGACAAUACACUAUCACUAAAAAAGAAAUAAUCGAACGUGGAAAUGAAAUAAUAUUCGGUGAAUUUUCAUGGCCGAAAAAUACUAAAACUAAUUAUCUAACUUACGAGUCAGGGAAAGAAGGAACGGAAAAAAAAUAUUAUACCCUAGAAUCCCUGAUAUUUUUUUUAAAACAUGUCCAACUUACACACCCAGUGUACGUCCGACAAGCGGCAGCAGAAAAUAUUCCAUCAGUACGUCGUCCAGAUCGAAAAGAUUUGCUCGCAUAUCUCAAUGGAGAGACGACGACGUCAGCUGCGAUUGACAAAUCUACACCCCUGGAGAUCCCGAUCCAAGUGAAGAGAACUUCCGAAGUUGGUCCGGAUUCGGGUUCUCCUAAAAAGCUAAAGUUCGAAGAGACGCAGGUCCAGCAAGUAAAGGAACAACUUGCAGCCAGACUGGAUACUCCCAAAGAAGCCUCUGUCACUGUCGACAACAUCAAGUCACUUUCCGAGGCUUUGCCACCAGAGACAAUCGCUGCCAUCAUCGUCAAACGUAUUGCCAACAAACGUAAGACCAUCAAAGAAAAUGAUGACGUUCACAUGAACUCUUACCUCCAAGUUAUGGUAGAUAUGGAUGUUUACAACUCGAGAGACAUUUUGUCACGUGAAAGACAAUGGAGAACUCGUACUGUUAUUUUGCAAAGUAAUGGUAAAAUUUUUGCUAAAGAUAUUUUUAAUAUUCUACAGAAAUUAAAUUAUAAAAUUACCAGAGGUGUAGAGACUAAAGCCAAAAGUCCAACUGCACCUGAACCAUUUUCUACACCACAAGUAAUUCCUAUACGAUUAAUUCAACAACCUGCGGUAUACAACCGAUACGUCCAAGAAAAAUUUGUCAAACGAGACGAUGAUACUGAAGGUUUCAAAAUAAAUACCAUGGGAACUUAUCACAAUAUGCCCGCUAAAAUAAUCACUGAAGGUGAAGGUUCAAAUCCCAGUACAGAAUCUGUACCAAAAGCAAGCUCUUCAACUUCAGUAUCAGAGCAGGGAGUAAAAAAAAGUAAAUCCUCGAAUAGAACUCCCAUUAUUAUUAUUCCGAAUUCAAAUUCUUCGUUGAUAACGAUGUACAAUGUCAAUGAAAUUUUUGGGCGAUUGAAGUAUGUAACUAAUGAGGAACAAAAAGCUGCUGGGGUUCAAAAGAAAAACCAGAUUAUUUUUCAAAGGCCAAAGAAAGAUGGUUCAACUGUGGCAUACCAGAUAGUUGACAACGUUCAGAAGUUAUCAAGCGCAGACUGGAACCGGGUGGUUGGUGUCUUCGUUUUGGGACCAGUUUGGCAGUUCAAGGGCUGGCCGUUCGACGGUAAUCCGGUUGAUAUUUUUUCUAGAAUAAAAGCCUUUCAUAUUAAAUACGAUGACAUGAAACUGGAUGCUAAUGUAGCUGGGUGGUCUGUUAAUGUCAUUGAGUUGAGCCGGACUAAAAGACAUUCUGAUCGCGCUGCUAUUAUUAAAUUCUGGGAGACUCUAGAUCAUCAUAUUGCAAAAAAUAAAUCUUUUUUAAAAUUUUGAUAGCAUAUAUAUUUGAUAAUUAUUAAGGUGAUCCCUCUUUACAUCUCAGCCAAAAAUAUCUCCAUGUAAAAAUAUGAGAUUUUUUUGUCUGACAAGACGUCAUUUCUUAAAUAAAAUGAGAGGGAAUCGAUAUUUAAAUACAUUGAUAAGUAGAUUAAUAUAUUUUGAUAUAAAAUAUUAUUAUACAGUUGAUAGAAGUGAGGUAUAAAAAUUAUAAAAAUUAUUUUUAUAUCUAAAAUAGUUACAAAACUUUAUUUUACAGUUAACCUGUAAUUUAUAAGAAUAUUUUUAGAAUAAUAUUUUCAGUAAAUGUAAAAAAAUAUAUAUUUAUUGUUAUUAUUAUUUGUGUAAAAAAAAACUUUAUAAAUCUGAGUAUAGAAAAAUUUAUGACCUGUCGUAUUAAAUAUGCGUACAAAAAAUAAACUUUUGGGUGGUGGUAAAAUGAGGUAGAAGUACGAGAUUAAUUAUUUAAAGUUUUAUAACUCAACACUGUGACGUUGACUGUCUUGGCUUUUUGUAUUGAAAGUGGGAGUCAUGUUGCAUUUUUUUUUGUAAUCAUUGUAAACUAGAAGUGCAACAUUUCUACCGCCGAUGGCAC